AUGAGUGAUAACGCAUUGCAAGUAUUGCUCGUAGCUAUUCUAGAGGAAGUCGGCAUUGAGAAUGUUGUUCAAAUUGUUGUGCACACUUCAUCAGAUAGCUUAGAGGAAGUUAGCAAGGAGCUGAUUGAAAAGUACAGGUCACUUUUCUGGACAGUUAGUGCUACACAUUGCAUCUCCUUUAGCUUAGACAAGAUUGCAAUGACUGAUUCAAUUACACUAACUUUGGAUAAGACAAAAACCAUUACUAAAUUCAUUUACAGCGGUGCUGCAGUAGUAAAGCUGUUACGGAAGUAUAUCAGUACUCGUGAUCUGAUUAGAGCCUCUAAAAUAAGCUCCGCAACUUCUUUCCUGGCAUUAGAGAACUUUUUGGUUGAAAAAAGUAAUUUGGUGCUCAGGUUUACUUCCUCUGAGUGGUUGAGUUCUAUUUGGGCAUCAAGUGUUGAAGGUGAAAUAAUUGCUAAUUUAAUUAGUGAUAGUUCCUUCUGGAAUGGGGUGACUUUAGCUGUGAAAUCAUCCAUUCCAUUAGUGAGAGCUAUAUCCUUGACUAAUGGAGAUGGUAAACCUCAUAUGGGAUUCAUAUAUGAAACAAUGGAUCAAGUCAAAGAGACGAGCUGUGAGGAAUUUGGAAGAAAGAAAUCCCUGUAUACUCCAAUUUGGAACAUAAUUGAUGAGAUAUGGAACACAAUUAUUCACAGUCCCCUCCACGCUACUAGUUACUUCCUUAACCCAAUGCUCUAUUAUACUGAAGACUUUUAUUAUGACACGGAAGUUGCUGGUGGCCUUUUUAUCACCAUUGUUCGGAUGGCUGGAGAUCAGCGUAUACAGGACUUAAUAUCUCGGCAGCUUGAUGUGUAUGGAAGUUGUAAAGGCGAUUUCAAGAUCGGUACUGAUAAUAAAAGUCAAGAUAGCCGCUCUCCGGGUUUGUAUUUAAGGAUUUGCUUGUUUCGAUGUAAGUGA